CCAACACCUCUUCUUCCCUGCCUCAAAUUUCUUAUCUCCCAAUGUUUUUCCUCUGUUUCCUUUCUGUUCUUGAAUUCUCAGCGAAAAUCUUAUCAGCGGAGAGAGAAAGUGUUCAACCAUGAACACCUUAACUUCAACCUCUCUCUGCAACUUCCAAUAUCCUUUCACCGUUUCGAACCCGAGAAACGUUUCACCCUGCAAUUCUCCGUUUCCCACCAAAUUUUUUUUCAGACUUUAUGCCAAUGCCAAUGAGCUGGAUGCUCCGGCAGCAGUGGAGGAACCAAAGCCAGAGCUAGAAGAAGCCAAGCCACCGGAAGCCGGAAAGUCCACCACUUUCUCUGCUGCUUCUCCACUCGACAAGGACCUCAAAAAGGUGGUUCAGAAGACUGCUGCAACCUUUGCACCAAGGGCUUCGACAGCUUCCAAAAACCCCGCUGUGCCCGGUAGUACUCUCUACACUGUUUUUGAGGUUCAAGCCUAUGCCUCCAUGCUGCUAGGUGGAUUUCUGUCCUUCAAUCUCAUCUUCCCAUCGAACGAACCAGACAUAUGGAGGUUAAUGGGAAUGUGGUCCAUUUGGAUGUUUACAAUUCCUUCACUGCGUGCACGAGACUGCUCGAAAAAUGAGAAGGAAGCUCUAAACUAUCUCUUCCUCCUCGUCCCGUUACUCAAUGUUACAAUCCCAUUCUUUGUGAAGUCCUUUGCUGUCGUUUGGUCUGCUGAUACUGUAGCCUUUUUCGCCAUGUAUGCGUGGAAGCUUGGGUGGCUAGAAAGAAAAGACUAGGAAUUGAAGUUGCUUGCUCGUUUCAAAUCAAUGGAUAGGCACAUCAUUUAUACCAAGUUUCUAGAUGCUGACGGCUUGAAAGUACGACAAGAGCUUGUACGUUUACAUGAAAAAAUGGUGCUUGCCUCACUUGCAGUCUGCAGGAGCCAAAACCAUUGUCGAUUUUUGGGAAAUGUCGAGAGAAGGGAUGCAUUCGAUCAUGUUCAGGCGAUCUUGUUUGUAUAGGAUGAAUAUUGACAAGUGAAAAUAUAGUUGAACAAAGUAAUGCAGUGAUACAUUUGUACAUAAAAUUACUGAAUCGUUUCCCUGUUGUUCUUA